GUUCGUGGCUUGUCGUUAGCGGGCCGUCUGUCACCAACCAUUACAAUAAUAGCAGAUGGGCCCGCUGCCACGCGACCAACGGACCACGGUCCCAACCAGACCACGGAGAAGCAACCUGCAGAAUCCCUUUCGAAACCAAUGGCCGAAGGUCGCCACCUCUCCUUCCCAUCCCACACAUCGUCACAACAUUCAUGUGCUCUGAUUUCUUGAUCUCCGUAUCAUAUGUCUCCCAACUUCACGGGCGCAGUUCUCCAAGCUCAAACCCCAGGUCCCUAGCCGCCCGGCAAGCUGGCCACUGUCGCUCAAGUCGUCCGUUCCCAAAAUACGUUUUGGGCGAAGCAGCAUUUGCAGGAGACAACACGGCAUUAUUUUGGCUAAGUUCAUGAGAGAGCAAUGCUUUCAUUAACAGAUUUCAUCCUCAGUCCUCCUCUUAGCCCUCCUGUCCCUCUUCCCCAGGUGCCGGGUCCUAAACUCAUACCGUUCACUCCUACCGCGCAUGCCGAUAUCGAGUUCAUCAGGAACCUCGGCCGUCCCAAUGACAAAGAUACUCGAGUUUGGAAGGUCAAGAUCAACAAGUGUGGACCCUUUGCUCUCAAGAUGUUCUUCUUUAACAGUGGGGAGCAUUUGGAGAGAUCUCCGGGCAAUUACCUCAACAACCACCCUCUUGCAAAGCGCCAGUCUUACGUCGACUAUCUUGAUCCCUUCAACUGCGAGUGCCGCGCCUAUGGUCGGCUCAAACAAGAAGAGCGCGAGGACCGUGCCAUCAAGGCCUACGGCUAUCUCCUCAUUACCCCGGAGCAAGAAGCGGAAGUGACGAGGAGAAUCGAGGGUGACCCGGAGAUAUUCGAUGAACUCCACGGCUCGCACCAAGUACUCAAUGGUGACAAUACGUGGCGCCGAUAUGAGCAAUACCGUGGCCACCCCAUCCGAGCCAUCGUCAAACAGCUCGUCUCCGACGACGCCGAGCCAUUCGGGGUCGCCGACAUCCCCCACCUAUGGUCUGACCUGGAGGAACUUCACAAGCCGGGCAUCCUCGUACGGGAUGUGCACAUCGGCAAAUACCUGGGCGGCAAGCUGAUUGACUUCAGUCGAUCAUGGGCCAUGUAUCAUCCAUGCCUGGAUCGGACUACUCCGUCCCUCCUGCAAGAAAUCAGGCAGAGCGAAGCAGAGGACCUGUUUGACCUGCUUAUUACGUGGUUCAAUCUGAAUCCCAAUGAACAAUUGGCAAUUCCAGAGAGGUUGGAUUAUUGUGUUAAUACGUUGACUGACGACGUUGGCUACGAUCCGAGGCGCUAUAACUGGCGCAAGUGGGAAGAGGAUGUCAGGAUGGCUGACAGUUAUAUUGCACAUGAACUAUUCAAAAGCUAGGACCGUCGAGGUUACUAGUGAAUUAGGGCUAGGAGAUAAUCUAGGCUAGAGGGAUGCAAGCAGGAAAUACCCUAGUAGUACCUGAUUUCCAUGAUGUGCGACGAAGUAAACUCUCAUA